GACAGCAUCUGUGGAGGAUUUUGUUUUUAUCCCUCUGUAAUUAGUUACUGACUUGUAAUUGAAAUCACCAGUGACUACACGUCUUUAAAAAACAAGUACCUUAUUGGCUAUAAACGUCUUGAGAUGUCCUGAGGCUGCUAGUGCAAGUCUCACGUCAUGUGGUAUCGGAACAAACUGGCUGUGUUUGUUUCUGCGUGGGACAGACCGAAGCCACGACUAGAACGAAAGGAAGUUCAUCCCCUCUCCCUCCAAACAAAAAGUGUUUUUUUAUAUCUUGCUGUGUUUUUUUUCUCCCCCUGCCCCCCACCCAGAAUGGUAAUGAACGAGGACCUUUCCAAGAUACUGAAUGAACUUUGGAAAGCAGACGAGAAUCGCCUUCUGCCUGGAAAAGACUAUCAGAUCUCUGUGCAGGGAAAAGCCUCUUAUGUCCCUGCUGGAAGUAACAAUGCAAGAGACAAUGCCCGCAGGCCACUGUUUUCCUACGUGAACGAGGAGCGUUUACGGACGAUUAAGUCCUUUGCUGCCUUCAUUGUCCUCUUGGACAAUUACGAAAUGUCGACUGGGAUUGCUGAGGUGGUGACUCCAGAAGAGAGGGCUGAAAACAGUUGCUUUCUCGAUGCGAUUCUUGAAACAAAAGUCAUGCAGUUAGCUCAUCAGUACCUUGCUGGUAAAAACCUCACAUCGGCUGAUCCGCAGGAGUUCAAGCAACAUCUCUACGACAUCUGGUUUCAGCUGUAUUCCAGAGGAGGAAACCGUGGGCGGGACUCUUCGGGGUUUGAACAUGUGUUUGUUGGAGAGACCAAACGCGGGAGAGAGAUCAUGGGGCUGCACAACUGGGUCCAAUUCUACCUGCAGGAGAAGCACGACCACAUUGAUUACAAAGGCUUUGUGGCCAGGAAGGACAAGACCAGGCCUGAUGAAGAUGAUCAUGUCUUGACCCUGCAGUUCAGCUGGAAGGAGAUGGUGAAGCCUGUGGGUAGCUCCUUUAUCGGAGUGAGCCCUGAGUUUGAGUUUGCUGUCUACACUAUCUGCUUCCUCCUGUCGCAGGCCAAGGUCUCGCGGGAGCUGGUGAUGGUGGAUGAGUACCACUUGCAGAUCAUCGUGUAUCGCCAUGGGAAGUACAUUGGAUCUUCCUACCCCAUCCUGCUCAGCAGCAACAACACGCCCCUGGAUUAAACCUGCGGCAGUCCCAGUAAACCACAGUGCUAUACGAAGUUUGCUCAAUCUCAGCAGAGUUUGCAUCCGUCCAGUAAGCAGGCUGUAGUUGAUGCUGGAAUGGUUUCGUAUGGUUAUGUGUGCUCAAAGCCUCUGUAUGUUGUGCACUAAAUUACCGCACGUUUUGCAAAGGUCUCCUGUUUGGAAAUCUCAAUCAAUUUGUUAUGAAAGCAGAAAAUGCUGGAAAAACUCAGCGUGUCUGGCAGCAUCUGUGGAGAGAGAAACAGAGGCCACGUUUCAGGUCCAGUGUGACUCUUACUUGGAACCGAGUGGUACCGGACUUGAAACGUUAACUCUGUUUCUCUCUCCACAGACGCUGCCAAACCUGCUGAGUUUUUCCAGCAUUUUCCGUUUUUAUUUCAGAUUUCCAGCAUCAGGAGUAUUUUGCUUUUAUAGAAUCGAUUUUUGUUGCUGUGUAUAAAAGACACCUCAGGGCCAGUCUCCAAGUGAAAAAUCCAACUGCCUUUUUAUUUGGGUUAAUGCUCGGCAUGGAAUUAAUUUCAAAAGUUACCUCUAUGUCCCAUGCCUCUGUAAAUCAACACAUUCCACACGAUGCCCUUUAAAUGGUGGGGCUGGUUUUUGAAUUUAAUAUGUUGAUUCAGGAUUUUAUUUUGCCAAUUUUUUUUAAUAUAAUAUAAUAAGUUCUGAAACUUCCAGAAACUACAAUAUAAUAUAGUAAGAUUAUCGUAGACUCUUAAGAUCUCUUAAUGAAGCAGAGCAUCACGCACCAAAUACUCGUCAUUAAAACCCUAAAAUGACAAGCCACCACGUUUUAAUAUCAGUUAGAAAACAAUCUCUUGCUAACCCUCUUGUCACCAGUUGGAUUAAAAAUGGUUAUUUCACUUCUAAGUGAAAUCAGUGCUUUUUUUUUGUAAUAAGACCCCUGACGCAGCAGUCUUAACAGUUUCAGAUCGAUCGAAUGUGGAAGUCUGGCACUAUUUGAAACUGGGAGAAAUGUGUUCUCUCCCCAUUCCGCCCUCGAGGGUUCGCCAAUGUGAAAAAGAGCCACAGCCAUUAGUUUGUGUUUCUAGCUGUUGACGUGCAUUUGCUUUUAGCUUCACGCACUUUAUCUGCUUUAACCCAUGAAGUAGUCAAUGAUUUAAGGGUUAGCCCUACUUUAAUGUUCUGCAUAUUCUCUGCUCCCUAGCCUGUGUACUAAUAUUAAUGACAUUAAUUGAAUUGACUAUGAAUUUUGAACUGUGGAAGUUUUAAAAACACACACUUUUUGAUAUUUCAGUCGGCCUUAAAAAAAAAGAAAAAAGAAUUUUUUGAGUUUUUUUUUAAUGUUUUUGGUCCAGAUGGAAAGCUUUUAUCUGAUCCUGUUUGGGCCUUUCUCAGUCUCCGAGGUGCGGGAAAGGUUCAAGGAACUUUUUCUGAUGGGGCUGUUCCCAGAGUUUAAGAUGGAGCUAGGGUGAGUGGGACUCUGAGGGAGUUCCCUUAGCGCUCAGAGGCAGGGAGGGUUUGACAUUAUUGGUCUGAUCAGACCUUUACCGCAACUUAGCACCCCAAGUGCCAAACCUCACAAGGAUCGCUGAGGUUUGAAUCGAUGUCUGAAGUUUAGUUUUGGAUGAUUUAAUGGAGACAAGGUGCUUAAAGGUGUUCAGGUUUACCUCAAACUGGGGGUUGUUCACACACCAGCCCAAAACUUGGGAUUUUUAAGAUGCUGAAACCUUUCCUCUGCACAAACCUCAGCAACUCUGCUGCUGUUGCAAUCCCAGGACACGCCGAUCCUCACGCCUGAACUACGUUUUUUUUUAAAAAGUCAAUAUUGGUAAAAGCGGCUGGAAAAUUUCUACUGCAGCUGUUUCAAAAAGCACUCCUCUUUUUAAACUGUUCUGAUUUUCAGUUUUAACCAAACGCUUCCUGCAGUGGUCGCAUGCUUUCCUUAUUUUCAGAUUUCAGUAUUUGAUUUUGAAAAAAACUUUACUCCUGUAAAGUUCAGUCUUUGUUUUCCUAGAAGAGAUGAUUUCACCCAAUAUUUGAUCCCACUCGAGCUCAUAGCACACCUGCUGUGUUUUUGUGUCAUGUGCCACUUGCACACGGGUGUUUAAUCUGAAAUGAGUUAACUCCUGAGUUACGUUAGGGAGUCCUGGGGACAAGUUUAAAUGUUGGUAAACAAUUCACUGAUUGAAAUUUCUAUCCUCUUGUUCCCAACCGUUUUUAUUGAUGCUGCUUAUUGACACUUAACCUUAACGUCUCAAAGCUCAACAGAACUAUGGGAUAUAUAUUUGACCAAAGUUUACUCUAUGCAAAUAUUAAAAGUUCAAUUUCUGCAAUGCAUGUUCACCUUUUUAUAAGCUUGAAAUAAAGUUUGCUACAAAUA